GGAGUGUGCAGCCCCCAAGCUCCGCGAGGCAGGGCUGGAUGAGUGUGCAGGCAAACUAGGGCCCUAGGUGAGGAAGGGGCUCAGCUGUGCUUAUUUUCCAGCCGGGGGCCAACGAGCUUGUUCGCCUGCGGCCCACUAGCGGGUUAAUGCGGUCCUGCCCCCAGGCCGAAAAAACAGAGAGAGGAGCGAAGGGGACAGGGAGGCGGGUGAUGCUGGGCCCGGGGAGGGAGGAGGGCCGGGCACCCCGGAGCGCGCUGCCUUGUGUGUUGCAGCGCUGAGCCCAGCAGCCAUGGCCGAGGGGCCGGCGCCGCCCGCGGGCCAGGGGCAGGACUGGGACAUCGACGUGGAGAGCCUGGAGCUGGACGAGGCGGAGCAGCGCCCCGCGCCCGGCGGCGGGGAGCCCCUGGAGGAGGAGGACGAGGAGGAGGAGGACGACGAAGAGGAGCAGGAGGGCGAGGCCCCGGCGCGGCCCGAGCCGCCGCCCGCGGAGCAGCGCAAGCUGAGCCGCACGCCCAAGUGCGCGCGGUGCCGCAACCACGGCGUCGUGUCCUGCCUCAAGGGCCACAAGCGCUUCUGCCGCUGGCGGGACUGCCAGUGCUUCUCCUUGGAUUUUUCUACCAUCUGUUAUCGCCCCAUUCCAGCAGAUCCCUACCUAGGAGGGAAUUCACCCUUACCAGCACCUGUCAGCGACCGGAUGAGAAAAAGACGGGCUUUUGCUGAUAAAGAGCUGGAGAACAUUAUGCUAGAGAGAGAGUAUAAAGAAAGGGAGAUGAUAGAAGCUACUCAAGCUGCUACCCUUUUUCUGCCUAACCAUAUGAUGCAUGGAACUGAAUACAAUUCCUACAAAACUGCCUUUAAUCCCUCUCAGAUUGAAGCUCCCAAUAAGGAAUUUUGCAAUUUCUUACCAACCUGCCUUGAUCUAACCAUGCAGUAUUCAGGAUCUGGGAACAUGGAACUGAUUUCUUCAAAUGUCAGUGUAGCCACUACCUACAGACAGUAUCCCUUAUCUUCUAGGUUCUUGGUGUGGCCAAAAUGUAGCCCCAUCAGUGAUGCUCUUCUCUAUCAGCAAUGUUUAUUAAAUGCUACCACUGUCCAGACUCUCAAACCGGGGGCAGGCUGGGACUCCAAAGUUUCACAAAGUCAGGAUUGUCUAAACUUGGAGCAUGACAUGAUGUCACCAAAAAUUGAAAGCUCACUUGUCUUUUCUCACCCUCGAGAAACUCGGCAGUCUCAAAGUGAUGUUCAAAGUGCCCCCCGAGAUGCCCGGGAGAGGUCAGCUUUCUCCCCUCCGAAAAGAGCUUUCUCACAAAUUUCUGAUAAAGAUUCUCUGGCUACACAAGAGCAUGUCUUAAGCAAGAUUAGCAAAGAGAGUACCAAGUACCCUGCCCCACUCAAGUACAGUCCAUUUCACUCGCUGCUCCAGCAAACGCUUCAUGAUAAAUCAAGCUCUGAGUUAAGACCAUCAUUUGUAAAAGAGACCUUUGAAGAGGCUUCUAAGAAGUACAGAGAAUGCUCCAUCAAAGAGAACCAAAAGUAUAAAUUUACAAUAGACAGAUAUGCAAAAGACUUUUUUGGGGCUAAACAAGCUGCAACAAAACUCUCAACAAAUGAGCCUCUGUCAUUUUCAGUUGAAUCAAUUCUUAAACGGCCCUCUUCUGCAGUCAGCAAUGUCUCUCAGUAGACUGCAUAUUCAAAGUCAAGUUUAAAAGCUUGUCCUCAGCAACUGUUGCCACUGUUUGCCUUUUCUCUCCAAAAUUUUAUACAGAGGAAUUUGUGAUGUAAAUGGUGAUUU